CUCUCCCUCUCUCCCUCCCUGUUCCCCUUCGCGGGGGGCCGCCGCACCAACGCUCCGUCGGCUCGAGCCCAUCCGCACACACUGCAGCCUUGCUUUUUGGGUCCAUGUGCUGGCCCCGCGGAAGCCCAUGACGCCCGCGCCCUGGCGCUGACGCCGCCGCGCAGGAGGCGGCCAUGCUCGUCCCAGAGGCGGAGCUGGUCCCCACGGACCACGCCCUGCGCAUGCGCCCGGUCUUCAUUUUCUCGCUGAGCGCACUGUUCACGCUCGUGAUCGGCAAGCUGAUCAUCCGAGACAUCUGGGGGGCCAUCAGCGUUUUCUUUGUCGUGCUCAUGGGCCUCUUCGUGCUCUCCGGGGAGUACAGGGUCAAUGCGUCGAGCGCCUGCUUCUUCUCGGUGGUCGCGAUGAUAUCGGCCGUCUUCGACGUGGUUUCUUGCGUCUCCUACUUCCAGCAUUCGAAGUACCGCAUGAUGGACCCUAGGGCCCCAGAGCUGGCGCUCCUGGCCCAGGUCGUCUUCCUCGUCAGCCCGAUGCUGCUGGCGGGGUCCUCGGCCGUCGGAUACAGCAUCUGGAGCGACUGCAGAGACAGUUCCCAGGAGUUCGGCGCCGGGCUCGGGCCGUUCCCGGACUACGGCUCCGCCCUCGGCCUCGGCGCAGGCGCCGGCGGCGCGUCCUUGCCGACAGGCCCGGCGCAGAGGUCGUCGUCGGCCGCGCCCCUGCCUGUGGUGCCCUUCACCGGCCACGGCCACCGCCUGGACCGCGGGGAGUGAGCGCCCCGGGGCCGGCGGCCGCGGCCGCGGCCCACUCGCUGGGCAGGCCGCCGAGGGCGCCGCGGGACCGCGACGUUCGCGCGGGUCCUCCGGAGGUUUCCGUCCGCGGCCGGGCUCGCGCCCUGCCGGCGCGGCGGGGCCACAGGAUGAGCAGCAGGAGG